UUGAUUCAAAUCUCUCUAGAAAAAAAUAAAUAAAUAAAUAUAUUUAUAUUUAGAGAGGAAAUAUUUCGUAAAAUCCGGAGAUGAUGUGUGUACUUCUUUAUUUUAAAACUAUGUUCUGAUCCCAUGCUUCGCUGUUGGUCGUAUAGCGGAAGUGGAGUGGCCUCAGUUUCUCUGUUUGUUUACGAAGCUGGGAUGGUAGCUGUCUGCAAAAGCUAUGCACAAUUUCGCCGGGAAGACCGUCAAACUGUAUAUCUUUUGGCCAAAGAAGUAAAUGCUGUAUUGCUUUGGAAUAACAGGCUGAUAAUUGUACCGCAGUAUCGCUCGAGGCGAAGAUGAUCGAGGUGGUGGCCUCGCUGGCCCGCGGGCCCGUGUUCCUGGCCGGGGAGCUCAUGGAGAGUCUGAUCACCUUCACCAACCCCAUGUCCCACCUGUCCACCUCCGCCAGCAGUGAAAUGCUGGCUUGGGCCAGCGCCCAGAUCCACUGUCAGUUUCACGCCAGCGAGAACAGGGUGGCCCUGCCGGCCCAGGGCAACAAGCAGGAUGUCCAGGCUGAGAGCGACACGGUGCUCAUUCCAAGUAGAGGAGAGCGAGGGCAGUGUGUGCUGGACACACCUCCCAAGAUAUUAUUCUGUGAUCUGCGCCUGGACCCUGGAGAGAGUAAAACUUAUUCAUAUAGCGAGGUGGUGCCCAUCGAUGGACCGCCGAGUUUCCGUGGUCAGGCAGUGAAGUAUGUCUACAAGCUGACCAUCGGCUGUCAGAGGGUCAACUCUCCCAUCAAACUACUCAGAGUCCCCUUCAGGGUGCUGGUUCUGCAAGGUAUGCCAGAGCGUCUGUCUCCUCAGGAUGAAGAGGUUUCUCCCUCUAACCCUUUCCUGGAGGAAGAGGAAGUGAGUCGCAGAGAUGCCCGGUCUUUGGAGCGGGCGUUAGACAUGCUGAUGGUCACCACCUCAAGACGCUGCUCCCACAUGUUUAAUAUAACCAACAUGCGUGGGAAAGUGGCCAAGUUCUGCAUCUUCAAGACUGUUUACAGACUCGGAGAGGACAUUAUCGGCACAUUCAACUUCUCUGAGGGAGACAUUCCUUGCUUGCAGUAUUCAGUGAGCCUACAGAGCGAGGAGGAGAUCCAGGAGCAGUACCAGCGACGUCCUGGACAAGCCAUCAGUGUGACUGGACACGGGCGGCACAUGGAGUCCUGCCUCCACACUGCCUUCAGCCACUUUUCUCUCCCCAUCCCUGUCAACGUCACGCCGGGUUUCAGCACAGACGUGGUGACCCUGAGGUGGCGCCUGCACUUUGAAUUCGUCACUGCCCGGGAGCCCAUGGAGCCACCCACUGUUCUGCAGAACCAAUCAGAGGUCACCGUGUGGGCUGGGGCCGAGCACGUCGACGUGGACACCUUCAGCUGGAAUUUACCAGUCAAAGUGCUGCCUACAAACCCAGCUUUAGCAUCCUACAUGUCCCAGUUUACAGGGACCAACAGCAUCAAUAUUUGACUGUUACUCUGUGUGUAUACAGAGUCAAAACACAAGCCAUUCAUGGCUUGUGUUUUGACAGGUGUGUGGGGGGGAGUGAGAGCGAGAGUGAGAGCGAGAGUGAGAGCGAGAGUGAGAGCGAGAGUGAGAGCGAGAGUGAGAGCGAGAGUGAGAGCGAGAGUGAGAGCGAGAGUGAGAGAGAGA